UCAACAUGGCGCUGCCCAGGGUUUUCACCGGAGCUCCGUCUGUUAGUUGUAUAAUAAAAAUAAUUUCGGUUCUUUUGAGUUGUCAGAGAUCUUAAGAAACUAUUUGACACGAAAAUAUUGCUGCUUCGUUUUUUUUAAAUCGUUGACUUAAAAAAAAAUACCAGAUAUUAAAACAAAUCUAUUUACGCCUGAACAGCACCAUGUCUGGGUCAAAUGUCUGGAGUCGCACUAGGGAGAAAAUGAGACUUUUCCCGGAACGUUUUGCACAGUGUGCGAACGAGGCAGCAGUGUAUGGAAAGUGUGUAGCUGCAACCACAACAGGCACACAGGAGCUGAGGAAGGAUCUGUGUGCCAAAGAGUUUGAAGCACUGAAGAUCUGCUUUACCAACGCAGCCAAAAAAAGAGCCAGAUGAAUGGAAAUCAGGCUUAUCUGGACCAAUCUCAAGAAGACCAAGUGACUGACUUUUGAUGCUAAGAACACAGUUUUUCGUCAGUGUGGUUGAGAUAAGCCAUUAAGAACUGCCGUAG